AUGGAGGCCGAGGUUGAGGUUGAGGCCGAAGAGGCCAUGGUUGACCUAGAGAGGAAUUUAGGGAAGAGAAACUUGGAGUCAGCUGGGAUUCUUCAGGAAUUGGCAAAUUACCUGAAUGUUCAUAUUCUAAAUGUCCAACUAAUUGCUAGUGCAAUAGUGGUUGUAUUAGUAGUCAUAGACAAUGUUCCACUAGUUGCUGCAACUAUGGGAAUGUAUGAUUUAACCUCCUUCCCCAUAGAUUUUGAAUUUUGGCAGUUGAUUGCAUUUUGUACUUAUACUGGUGGAUCUAUGCUUGUUAAUGGCUCUGCAUCUGGGGUUGCUUAUAUGGGAAUGGAAAAGGUGGAUUUCUUCUGGUACUUGCAGAAGGUGAACGGUUUUGCUUUUACAGAUUAUGCUAUUGGUAUUGCUACCUAUUCAGCAAUUCAUAACCUCCAGCUUUCCCUACCAACAACUGUAGCUCAGGAUCAAAUUUGGGUACUGAGGGUAUCUAUAGAAUGA